GCAGCGAUACGUUCAGUGCGCGCGCUUGGUCUAGUGUAGUCAGUGUGCGGCACCCUACGGCGUGAGGUACACCAUUCAAGCGCAAGCAAGAAAAGCUAGAAGUAUAAUUGUUCUUGUUGCAUUCAACUUCAUAUUAAUGUGCAGUGGCUGCAAGACUUGAAUGAACUAAAAGCAAUCAUAAUUUAGCGAUACAUGUGAAAGCCUCAGAUGCAAUAAGUCGUUUGUUCCAUAAAUCCGUCAUUGAUUUUUUAUCGUUAUUGCUUGAUUCCCGUUAGAGGAAAACUGUGUCAGUUUGAAAAAUAAUCAAGAAAUCGAUCAAUAUGAAGAGAUUGGGAAAUUAUAUUUUUCGCGCACUGUUCUUUGCUUCACUGACUUCAGAAAUAUUGUGUCAAGGAAAUGAGAACUGCUCCGCCACUCCGUCUCGCAGAAAUCCCGGCUCCAUGGACAUCAUGUGCACCUGCAUGCAGUCCUUACAGCAGAGAGUACAAAACGUCGAUGCGCUGACCAUCGACAGGAGCGGCUGCGAAGUAGUGUCGGCGCUGGAUAUAUCCUGGAACCUGCUGGAGCAUGGCAUCGGGCCCCGCACUGUCACCUUCAUCGGCGCCCAGAUCAUCCUGACUAACCCACCUAACCAGUCCUGGAACACGUCCAUAUCCCGCAUCACGUUUGAGCGAUGUCUAUUUGAUUCAAUUCCGCCCAAAUCUUUCGAAGGUCUCAGCCGUUUGACAGAACUUCGGUUCAUAAAUAACUACAUUGGGAAUGUGUCAUCCUACUCUAUUUCUGGCCUGCCAAAUUUGCGUACGGUUGAAUUUGCCGACAGUGAUAUCGUAAAUAUACAUACCAGUGCAAUCAGUGACUUGCCCGCACUUUUUGAAAUGGCAUUUGUUCGAACAAGCAUAUCCAGUCUCGCAGAUGGAGCUGUUAAAAUCAUCAGGACUCCCCAGCUGCCAGCCAACAAUGACUGUCCUAAAAUUGAUAUCCGGAUCCCUCCCUCAGAUAGGAUGAGUGAUGUCAUGGCGCGCAGCUUGGAGUCCGUAGAUAAUCUACCUCUGCCCGAAAUUGGAGCUCGUUUGCAUUUUUAUUUCUGCAACAUAACUGCUUUGCAUCCAAAAGCCAUCUCCUCAGAUUGGUUUUCAUUUGUUAUAUUCUAUGGAAAUCGCGUUUCAACUUUUGGAACCGGCGCAUUCCAGCUUACAAUGGACAAUCAGUGUGAGAUCAGCGCUGUGAUGUUGGUCGGAAACUAUUUUAAAAGUAUUCAAUUAGGAGCCGUGGCCUCCAUUCAGAAGAAGCAACAGGCAAACCGUCCAAGUUAUUUAGUUCUGACUAAUAAUACUUUCGAAUUUGUUGCUGCCAAAGGCUUCGUCAUUCAUCCGUCCAUUGAGGUGUAUUCAGUGGCUGACAACAAAUUUGUGUGCGAAUGCCCUAACUUCGCGUGGUUGAUGAGUAAUUCGGAGACGCCCCGCCAGCAGGAAAUAGAAAGGAACCUUAAAGCAAGUGCAACCUGUAAUUAUAACUCAAUUUCAGUGACCACAUUUACAGAUUCAUGUCCAAAAAGGGAUAUGGCAUCUUACCCAAGUACCGAGAUUGUGGUGGUCACUCUUCCCGACGAAGUCAUGUAUUCAUCAGCCGUCAGCAUCGUUCAUAACCAACCAACCACUGGGUUCCUGCAGGGCAUUUUUAUCCUGAGCUUAGUUGGUCGUCAAUUGCUGUCUCAUUUCUGAUUGAUUCUAUUUAUUUGAUGCAAGUGAAGUUCUUGAAAAUUACUGCACCCUUCUCAACCCUAGCAUAUUCAAUAGGAGCAGCACUGAAAACCCAGGAAAUGGCCGCACGAUUUCUAAUGGUAUAGUAGCACAUUGGCAUGAUGCAUGAUGAAAAAAAAAUGUGGCGUCACGAUAGGCCUUCUGCAUGCCGAUCAUCCCUUACUAAGAUCAAGUAUCCUACGUCUAAAAAAGAUCUAAGAUUGAGCAAUCAGCUGGAUCUUAAUUUGUAAGUGCAUGAUUUUCCCCUAUGAAUAAUGAAUAAGGAGUCAUAUUAAAAAAUGAUCCAUUUCUAUU